AUCCGUAUUGAGGAAGAUAGUCACUGCAGGGGAGAAACUGAAGAUGGCGAAAAUGGAGCUGGGAUGUCACUUGGGGAUGGGUUUAUUUAGCCUUUUAUUUGGACUCUUUGGUUUGAGCUGUUGUACUGAUCAAGUUCCCGUACUUAUCUGGUCCACAGAAAGCUCGCUGUGGCAAUCACAAGACACCCCUAGUGUGGGACAUGUGGUGUCCGGCUCCCAGCUUCUUUCUUACCUGAACUGUGCAUUCAAUAAUGGGCCACACAGUGUGCUACUGUUCCUACAAGACAAGCUGAGCCUUGAUGACUUUACAGUGUACGGAGGGGCAUUUGGAAAUCAACAAGACAAUGCAUUUCCCAACCUAGAGAAUGCUUUAGAGUCCGCACUGUCCACACUUGUUUUACCAUCAGUGGAUUGGCAAGCAUCAAGUGCUUUGCCAGCCUUGCUACAGGAGAAGUUGGCUACCAGCCCUCUUUAUAUCGAGCCAUCAACCCUAAGUCAGCUGCGACUUAAUGAAACUAUUGCAUCUCUACUAGUGCUUCGUCUUCCUUAUAGUACAAGCAUGCAUCUGAUGUCUGCACGAGAUGUUCUUCAUGGAAAUGAUGAUGUCAUUGGUCAGGUAUUGAAUAUAAUGAAAAGCCAGACUGUUCCAUAUACAGCCAUCUUUACUGCCCCAAGGCCUUCAAGGGUGAUACGAGAAGUGUCUUUGGCCUUUGAGAAUAUUGGCCGUUCACUUCUGCAGGCACCAGUAAAACCUACUCCUGCCCCUUACCCUCCAGUAAUGUUUAACAGAACUUCAUCAGAACCAUGCAUCUUGCUUUGGGCGAAAGGCCUGAACUUAACCUAUAACGAAAAUACUCCGUCAGAGGCCCGUCUCGAUCUUACUAAUCGAACAUUUGGUUCAGGUGCCAGUGUGUCACUUGAUGGCUCUUCAUGUAAUCAGUCACUUGCCAGGCUUGUCCUUAACUAUGGAAACAUUGCAAACUUCAGUCGUUUCAAACUUACGUUUGUAAUGAGUAGCUCCUAUUCUGAAGUCUCUGCUCGAGAAUGGUUCAAGCUGCAGUACGUGGAAAUUGACUACAACGGGACAGUAGCUACCUUCAACGGGAGUGAGCAGAUCUAUGCUCCACGAAACUACUCUUUUCAUUGUGAAUCAAUUACAAGCAAAUGGAACCCCUUACUGGUACCCUUUAAUAACACAAACCCAGCUACACAGUGGACAUUCUCUUUCUCUGAAUUUCAGAUUCAAGGUUUCAAUGUAACAGGAGUGAACUUCUCAUAUGCAAGUGACUGUGCCACCUUCUUUACCCCUGGAAUCUGGAUGGGUCUUGUCACCACUCUACUGAUGACUCUUAUUCUUACAUACGGUCUCCAUAUGAUCAUGCAUCUCAAGACUAUGGACCGGUUUGAUGACCCUAAAGGACCUUCCAUCUCUGUGCCUCAGAAUGAGUAACGUUAGUUCCUUUUGCCUUCACAUUUUUCAAGUGGCACAUAGCAGUGGAAAGUCAAUCUUAAAUCUUUUCAUUCUUCAAUGCCCACUUUUUCUUUUUUUGUUGACCCUAAAACAGAUUUUUUUUCUAAUUUUAUUACUUUAUUUAGAAGUUAUAAUUUGCCAUUCCUUACCCAUCUUUAUUUCAAUUAUUACAUUAAACCUUGUUGUGUCAAAUGGCAAACAAAAAUACAACGGAAGAUUUUAGAUUAUUUCUGUAUCUUUGAUAACAAGACAGUCACUGGUUAGUGUAUCGUAAUUAAUACCAUUUGUCACACAGACUUAAUUUAUUAGCUGCUAUUUGAACAUUGCAGGUUAUAAUUUUAAGUAUUAUUUGAAGUUGGUUAGCAGCUGCAUUGAUGGCCACUUUGAGAGUGGUUGCCUAGAACAUUAGACACCUUAGUGAAAGAUUGCAUCUUACCUGGCUGCCCAUAAGUAACCCUAAUUGUCCAUGUCUUUUUAAAAUUUGGCACAAAUGUGUUGCUUAUUUGACCUGUUUGUUAUAGAGUGUGUAUGUGUGUGUGUAUAUAUAGAUAUGUAUACAAAACAAGAUUAACAGGGAAAGCAACAGUUACUUUACUGCAUUCCAAUCUUCCAAUAUUAGAUUUGCUCAAAGCAGCACUCUUGUAUUUUUGUCUGCUGUUUGUUGCACAUAAUUAAUUAUACAAUAAUUAGAGUUUGGUAUGUACACACAGAAGGAUGUAAUAUGUUUUUAUUUUUUUUAAACAGAAGUCUGUGAGAUAAAUUUGAUUUAAUUCAAGAUAUUUGAAUUAUUUCCAUAUUUUCAAGUUUAAAAAUUACAGCAGUUUUCAGCCACCAUUUCCACUCUCUAACAACGUGCAAUAGGAUCCUCAGAUUAGUUGUGUUUUUUGAUUCAACCACCCAGAAUCAAAAUGUAAAUUGUUUUAAUAAGAAUAUCUGUAACUGUUCUAGAUUUAGAUACUGGUAAUGCCUGUGCCCCGAAAGUUUAGAUUUACAUUUUCAGACGUGUUUUAUGUGAAAUGUGAGAUUCAUCCAUGUCUGUGUUUUUUCUGCACUAUGUGAAACUAAUGCAAUGUUUUGAGGUGAAAUCUCAGUAGUUCGCCUUGCUUAGGUUUGGCAUCACUGUACAUCAGAAACGUUUACAGGGGUAUUCCAGAGUUGGCAGUGUCUCACAAAUUGAGUUUUUGAGAAGAAAGAAGUUUCUCACAUUAUUGAUGUUUUUGAAAUGUCUUAGAUUAUGUAAUACUAUAUUAUUAAAGACUAGCUUUGGAGCUUCACAUCUUUCUUAAAAUUGUGAGAACUUCAUUGAAACUUGCACAUCAAGUACACAGUAGUUUCUAUGUUCACUAAAUCCCAUGUUACAUAAUUAUCAGACUUGUUAUAAUGAUGUCUGACUGCAAGAACUGCAACUAAGCAAGGAUUUUCUUUCUGCUUUACAUAAGUUGAUGAAGUUUCUUUCAAUUUAUAUUCUUAGUUACGUUUCUAAGCAUUUUGUGCCAUCAAAGGACUUGGACUUGCUUCCAUGUCACUACUCCAGCGUCUGUCUCAUUUCAGUAGGUGCUGCAGUGGUAAUGAAUUCCUUUAGAAAUAUCCAGAGGCACAACACCAUAACUUCAACUAUGGAAUUGUUUUCUUCUUCCUGGUCUGAACCUGAGCUUUAAUUCAUACGCAGUAUUCUAUGAUUGCUAAAACAAAAAGCAGACAUGAGUCAAGUGUGUUUAUUGCAUCAGUUUCUAAGUCUUUCUACCUUUACUAAUGUAGACCACCUGUAUGAUAAAAUAUUGAAUUCAGUCAAGUGUUAGGACUUAAAAGGAAAUAUAUGUAUAUAAAGAAAUUAUAAAAGCAGAGUAAAGUUGUGCAUUAAGCGCUUCUAUUUAUUUGUGAUAGUCCUGUGUUUUUCGGACUGUGUUUGUGUUAUACUUGGUGUUACUGAGAUUUCUUGUGAAUUAUCCUACUUGCGGAAGCCUUUACAGCCCUGAAUCUUAAUCACAUGAGGACUUGGCAAGUUCCUUUCAUUUGCUGCUUCCCAGAUGUUGUUAAAUAACCACUUCUUCUGUUUUACACUUUGGAUUAAUUCACCAAUUGAGCAAAUAAAUAUAGUAUUUAUUUUUUAUGGUAUUAAUUUGUUUUAAACUGGAAGGGUUUAUUUUGUGAUGGGCAAUUAUCCCCAAAAAAUGGGCUGGAAAGGUUUUAAGGUAAAUUAUAUUCACUGUACAGCAAUUCUUCAAUUACCUGUUUACAGAACUUAAGAAAAAUAAACAAAUUGUGUUCUGAUUAAAGACGUUAUGUAAAACUGA